AUGAAGACAACCGUCGCUCUCCCCUUGGUCCUCGCGGCCACUGUUCAAGGCCAUACUGUACGCGACACAGACUGCAAGGACGUCCACAUCUUUCUCGCCAAGGGAAACAACGAGCCUUAUCCGGGACGCCAGGGAAAGCUUGCCGGCGCAAUCUGCUCCGGCCUAGACAGCUGCGACUACGAGGACAUUCAGUUCUACAACCCCCUCGAGGCGCCGUAUUGCGGCUCGGUCUUUGAGGGCGCCAAGAAUGGUAUCCAGCAGAUCACGGCGUACAACAAGAAAUGUCCCGAUUCGAAGCUCGUGGUGAGCGGCUAUUCUCAAGGAGGUCACGUCGUUGGUGAUAUUCUCGGUGGUGGAGGCGGCGUCUUUUUUCAAGACUGCGUGCAGGAGCCUAACAAGGGUUUGGAUCCCAAGACUCGUCCAGCCAACAAGAUCGUCGCCGCCAUGAUCUUUGGAGACACGCGCCACACAGCAAACCAGCCCUACAAUGUCCUCAGCGGCGCUGGCAAGGACGGUCUCUUCCCUCGCCCUGGUGAUCAGCUCGCCAAUCUGGCCAAGUACGGUGAUGUGCUGCGCAAUUACUGCGUAGACACAGAUCCCAUCUGCGCCCAGGGAGACGUGGUAGAGACGCACUUGAACUACUUUGACGUGUUUACCGACGACGUUGCGGGAUGGGUCAAGGAGAGAGCUAAUGCUGCUGAAGAUGACGAUGGAAAGAGUUCUUCAACUACUGCCAGCACCAAGACUAGAGCGACUACUACGACAACUGCAAAGAGCGAGACGACCACGGAGCAUACGACCAAGACAUCCACCAAGGAUUCAAAGACCACUACUAAAACCACCACCGAGAGUGAGGAGACCUCCAGCGCCACCAAGACGAAGACCGAGUCCGACGCGGAGACAACUACCACGGAGGAUGCCACCUCGACUGCUGAGACCUCGACUACUGAGGCCUCGACCGUUGAGCCCUCAAGCGCGGACAGCUCUGGCUCCGAGACUGCCGCCGCAUCAUCAAGUAAUGACGCUGCGGCACCAUCGGCGGCUGAUAAUGCAGCUGGUUCAACAGCCGCUCAUAUUGGAAGCAUCUUGAUGGGACUGGCCGCUGCCCUGGCCAUCUAG